AUGCCUUGCAAAACUGAAGAAAUCAAGGACUUUCUGCUCAGAGUCAGGCAAAAGGAUGCCAAAUCUGUCAAGAUCAAGAAAAAUAAGGACAAUGUGAAGUUUAAAGUCCAAUGCAGCAGAUGCCUUUAUACCUUGGUCAUCACAUACGAAGUAAAGACAGAAAAACUGAAGCAGGCCCUACCCCCAAGUUCGGCAGUGAAGGAGAUGAUAUGA